ACUUCGUUUUGUAAAAGUCCCUUAAUACCAUAAUAUAUGUUAGAAGUACAAUGUUGAUCAUUGAUCAUUCUUAAUCCAUCGGAAGUCCAUCGUAAGUAAUUAAGGCAAAGUAAUUAAGAUUAUGUCUGGAAGAGGAAAUUUGCUUAGUUUAUUUAAAAAAAAAUCGAUAAAUUCGGACAUUUCAUCAUCUAGUGAUGGACAUGAAGUUGAUAGUGGAUUGGAUGUACAACAAUCAAAUUCGAGCAAAACUAGUGGCGAGAGUAGUCUUCUGACUACAUUGGAGAAUAUAAAUAUUUCUGCCGGUCGAGGACGCGCACAACUUAUCAACUCGUUACAAAAAAAAAUCAGCGAAAUAGAAUUAAAUAAAAAUAUUAAUAUUGAAAAUGACCGUCAUGUAUCAGAACCCUAUAAACGCAAAAUCCUUUCAAAGGACUUGUUUUAUCCUAAUAAAGUCCAUGGAUCUAAAGGUUCUUUUGUUAAUAUGGCUUGUAAUUAUUUAAAAUUAUCGACAGACGAUACAAAAGGUGUUUUUCAAUACGAAGUACGAUUUUUUCCAAAUAUUGACACCCUUCACUUGAGAAUGAAGUAUUUAAACGAACAUAAAGAUAAGCUUGGAGGAACAAAAAUAUUCGAUGGCCAUACUUUAUAUCUACCGAUACUAUUACAAAAUGAAAUGACAGUGUUGUUUUCGAAAACAAAAGAUUUUGAUGUGGAGAUUAGAAUAUUGUUUAAAAAAAAAGAACAUGUUAAGGAUUGUGUGCAUUUGUAUAAUAUAUUGUUCGAUCGAAUUAUGAAAACAUUAAAGUAUGUACGAUUUGACCGGAAGCACUUUGAUCCCGCACGACCAAAAAUAAUCCCAUUGGCUAAACUAGAAGUUUGGCCAGGAUACGUUACUGCAGUUGAUCAGUUCGAGGGGGGUCUAAUGUUAUGCUGCGACGUCUCCCAUCGUGUACUAUGCCAACAAACUGUUUUGGAUAUGCUGGUUGACAUAUACCAACACAAUGUAAGCCAGUACCAAGAUUGUGCCAGAAAGACCUUGGUUGGAAAUGUUGUCUUGACACGAUACAAUAAUCGUACAUACAAAAUAAAUGAUAUUUGUUUUGACCAAAAUCCAAAAUAUAAUUUUGAAACCAAGUAUGGAUCGAUUAGUUAUUUGGAAUAUUAUAAACAAUACCAUAACAUAUCCAUCAAAGACGUAAAUCAACCUUUACUUCUUAGCGUGAAAAAAUCAAGAGAAAACCCAGACGAAAUGAUUCAAUUUUGCCUUAUUCCUGAAUUAUGUUAUCUUACUGGACUUCGAGAAGAUGUUCGCUCUGAUAAUAAACUAAUGCGCGAAAUUGCAAGCUUUACAAGAGUAUCGCCAAAUAAUCGUCAAGUGGCAUUGGAGAAAUUUUUCGAAAACGUAACAAAAACGCCUGAAGCACGAGAUAUUCUUAAAAGUUGGGGACUUUCUCUUAAUGCUACUUACAAUGCGCUAAAAGGACGCCAAAUGCCCUUAGAACAAAUUUAUUUCGCUAAAACCGAUUUUUCUGCAGGAAAAAGUUCUGAAUUUUCGAAACAUGCUGUAAAUAAUGAAAUGUUUAAAAUUAUUCACUUAAAGAAGUGGAUAUUAAUUCAUCUAAGAAAUGAUUUAAGAGCCGCAAAUAACCUACUUGAUAAUAUAAAACAGUGUUCUAAAACACUUGGGAUGAAUGUUUCAAAACCAACUAUUAUUUCAAUAGAUUACGAUCGUAUUGAUUCGUAUGUACAAUCCUUGCGUCGUAACAUAACAAUUGAAGAUCAAAUUGUAGUUUGUAUUUGUCAUAACAUUAGAGAAGAUCGGUAUUCAGCAAUAAAAAAAAUCUGCUGUUCGGAAAUACCUAUACCAUCACAGAUUAUCAACGCAAAAACUCUAUUAAAUGAAUCGAAAAAUCGCUCUAUUGUACAAAAAAUUCUUUUACAAAUGAAUUGUAAAAUGGGAGGAUCUUUGUGGACAAUCAAAAUACCAUUUAAAAAAGUCAUGAUUUGCGGCAUUGAUACAUAUCACGACCCCUCUAAUCGAGGAAAAUCAGUUUCUGCUUUUGUAGCGUCCUUGGAUUUUUCCUACACGCAAUGGUAUAGUAAAGCAGUUAUACAAACUAAAGGAGAAGAAAUUUCCAAUGGAUUAACUGCAUCUUUUGAAAUUGCUUUAAACGUUUACCAACAACGCAAUGGCUACCGCCCUGAUAGUGUUAUUAUAUACAGAGAUGGGAUUGGAGAUGGACAACUAAAUAUUUGCUCGGAAUAUGAAGUUCCGCAAUUCGAAUUAGCAGGCGGAAAAAACAUUAAGAUAUCUUUCAUUGUAGUGCAAAAAAGAAUUAAUACCCGCCUUUUUUGUGAAAAUAAUAAUCGCUUUGAAAAUCCAUGCCCAGGAACGGUUGUUGAUAUGCACAUAACAAGAGCACAUAUGUUUGAUUUUUUUCUGGUGUCGCAAAUGGUUCGACAAGGGACAGUCACCCCCACUCACUUUAUAGUUUUACGAGAUGAUGCAAAUUAUGGACCGGAUAUCAUUCAAAAACUAAGCUAUAAGCUUUGUUUUUUGUACUAUAAUUGGCCUGGAACUGUUCGAAUUCCAGCUUGUUGCAUGUAUUCCCAUAAAAUGGCAUAUUUAAUUGGACAAAGUAUUCAACGAGAUGUUGCUGAUUCCCUUUUGGAUAAACUAUUUUACCUUUAAAAUAUUAACAUCGAAUAAAUUUGAUUUUUCUUUAUUAA